UUUCCUUCCAAUCAGAUGGUAUUGCUGUCAUAGCAUGCUCUAUGGUUGCAGUAACAGGUUGUUUUUCUCCACUCGCAAAGCCUCAUAAUUGGACGUUUAAGCUCGGUACUCGCUGCGUCGUACUUUACGACCAUCCAACGACGAAUUCAACUCCGCUCUCUGUGGGCGAUAGAUGACGCGACGCUGUCUGCUGAUUUUCGGUAGCAGUCUGAUCUGAUGUCAUUAAAAACGAUCCGUUGCAUGUGCGUCGUCGCGUUGCGUUCUCUAUAGAAUUGCGUCGGCCAACAACCGUCGUGCGCAGCCAGUGCCGGCUGUAGUUUAUGUACAGCAUCAUGUUUUCUUGUUUGUCUUGCGAAGGGAUAUGCCAGAUUAAAAAGUGAUUAAGUUCACUGUUUGACAUAUCCUUUUUCUUGAACCUAAAACAAUUAAUAAAAAAAAAUAUAAUAAUGAAACUAAUUGUGAAACUUAUGGCAAGCAUAUCAUACUCGAUAUAUAUUUUUUUUUUUUUUAGGAGCUCUUGCUCUCCCACCAUCUGUAUGUGUGCCGAAUUCAUCUAAAAGUGGGAUUGAGUUUGCUAAAGUAAAGUGCCGAAGAGAAAUUAAGACAAAUGGAAGUCUGGAGAUGUCAAAGACUCUUGAGCAAAGCCUUCUAGCAACGUGUGUAGGGAGUGUUGCAGAACUAGGUGAUCUGGUGUGCCGUGCGAUGCACUACCAACAAAGUAAGCAGAGAAUCUCUAGCAACCUGAAUGGUCGUCAUUGUACAACGUGGAAUCCAGACGCCCUUCAUACGUUAUAUUACUACAUGCGCUGCCAUCAACUUGAAAUUAACGAAAAUCCAAACUUGGAACCACCUGGAAUUCAAAUCAACUCUGAACGGCCCUACACAGUGCUACCACCCCUGAUGGAAUGGAUCCGUGUAGCCACUGCAAAUUGCGAACACCGUCUAAGCUCCGUCGUGGAUGCAGAUGAUGUACGGCAGGCGGCACGCUUACUCUUGCCAGGCAUUGAUACACCGAUUAGAUCUUUGAGAACGGAUGACUCAUUGUGCUCGUCCCGUCAUCUGGAUGCCACGCAGUCGGCCCGUCGAUUCCAACAGGAUCUUGGCUUUAGAAUGCUGACUUGCGGAAGAACGGACCUUGUCGGACAAGCUAUUGUCAUGCUAGGCCAAAAAGGAAUCAACACGGUUAACGAUCAGGGUUUGACUCCACUGAUGUUUGCCUGUGUAAGAGGAGAUGAGGCGAUGGUUCAAACACUCCUGGAUCACAAGGCUAAUCCUGACCUCCCAGUGCCGAGCUCGUACCCAAGUUAUCCUUGCAUUCAUUCAACAAUCCGUCAUUGGACAGCCCUCUCAUUUGCCGUAGCAUAUGGCCAUGUAUCUGUAGCCAAGUUGUUACUAGAAGUCGGUGCUAGCGUUGAAGGAUCCAUUCAAGAUGCAGAUGAUAAUUACACCGAUUCGCCGCUUCAGUUGGCCUCAGCCGCAGGUCAUUAUGAGCUAGUCUCUUUGCUGUUGUCUUAUGGUGCUGACCCUUACUUGACCACAGUUCAUAAGAAUGGAAUUACAACGAAAGGUCACAGCAAUUCUUUUGCUUUAGCAGCUGCACAUGGCCACAGGAAUGUUCUUCGCAAGCUUCUGGAGCAGCCAAAGUGUGACAAGCCAACAGAUAUCUUGUCCUUAGAGGAGAUCUUAGCUGAAGGGAAUGAUUGCUUUACAAAAGAAAAAUCAUGGAAAUCUUCACCUGGAAAGAUGGGUACAUCACUACAGGAAGCAAUGUACAGCAGUUGUGAGCAUGGCUACCUGGACAUUGCGAUGGAGCUGAGGAGCAUUGGCGUUGCCUGGAACCUGACAACCUGGAUGAGUGCAUUGCUGAUGGCUAAGCACAUCCGCAGGAAGACUGUCAUACAGUGUCUAUUACGAGACUUUGGUUCUAUCAAAUUCAGCGAAUAUGAUGAGCAGUUUGUAGAUGAAGGGCUCCCUCUCUUGUUCCAUAUUCUAAAGCAGAGUAAGAAGGACGUUGCAUCAAGCCAAGUGGCAUCCAUCCUAGCUAGUCUUUAUGGGGAAGGACCGUUGACACCUAUUGAGCCUUUGAAGAUUGUACAAAAUGCUAGAAUAGACCCUCAAUAUGUCAACAACCGGGAGAUGUCAGAUGUAACCUUCAUCAUCGAGGGUCGACCAUUUUAUGCGCAUAAGAUCAUUUUAGUGACAGCUUCUAAACGCUUCAAAGCUAUGUUAUCUGAUAAGUUCACAGAAGGCAACCAACCAUGUGUAGAAAUUGUUGACUUUAGAUAUCAAAUAUUUAAGUUGAUCAUGCAGUAUUUGUACUAUGGGACUCCAGACUCCCUCAGGGUUGAACAGGUCGAUGUUCUUGAGUUGAUGGCUGCUGCUAACUACUUCAUGUUGGAAGGGUUACAGAGACAUUGUGAGAUAAUGUGUAGUCACCUUGUAACCUGUGAAAACAUCACUACACUUUACAGGCAUGCCAUGCUUUAUAAUGCUGAGUGCUUGAAGGAGUACUGCCAUGCCUUCUUUCUUAGGCACAUGACCGAACUUCUGGAGACGAACGAGUCAUUCCGAAAGCUGAUAUUUAAUAACAAUGUGCAGAAUCACGAUAUCAUACACAACCUAGAGAAGAGUUUAGCUAAACGAUUAUUUUACCGGUUUCAUCAAAAUUUUACAGUUUGAUGAGAGAAAAUAGUAAUUUUUGAAUGCAAAAAAUAGAAUAAUAUUUGUUUAUAAUGCAACAUUUGGCAUGUAACUAUCCAAAGUUUGUUAGUUUGAAAUACUGUAUUUUUUUUAAUGAUUGGAUGCAUCAAUAAUAAUAAUAAUAGUACUGUAAUAUUUAAUACCAAAAUGUGCUAGCUAUAUCAACCUAUAAUCUUAUCUCGAAGUGCUUUUUAAAAAUUAUAUAACUGUUGAAAAAAUAAAUAAAAUGAAAUUUAUUGAAUGUAUCUUGAUAAUAAUGAAAAUACUCCACACUAUCAAGUGUAACAAACACCUGUUAUUUUGCGUGAUAUAUCAUCAUGCCCAUAUAUGGGUAAAUCACAGAUUUUCCACUUAUACCUGUAUAGUGUUUGGAGAAAUACAAAUUUAAAUUUAAAAAACAACUCAGAACUGUGAAAAGCAGUGGUUUGUAGAGAUAUUUAUUUUGAUUUUUACAUAGAUUAUCUAAUUAGCAUAUCUGAUAAUAUGUUAAGAAAAAGUUUCUACAGAUGUAUUUGUAAGUGACCUUUGAGAAGUAUAAAACAGUUAUAUAAAUGUAAAUGUUUCUAUUCGAAGGAAGUAUAUUUAUUAUACCAUUUAUGUAUCAGUGUAUUGUGUGGAUUUUGUGCUUGGCACAUACAAAUGUAAACCCUGCAUCUCUUUUCUAAUUAUAGAAUUUUCUGAUGUCUAUUGUCAUAUAUAAACAAUUUAUCAACUACUCUUCACUCAAAAAAUGAGUACUGUAUUGUAUGUUGUGCAUAUUAAUUAAGUAGUGUAUUUUAAUUGAUAUAAACAAUUUUUAACAAUGGAGGUAUAAAAUUGGUUUAUUAAAUUUAUACUCCAUGUUUUAAAUAUACUUCUUUAUAUACAUAUACAAUAUGAAUAAUGUAUGUUGCACAUAAAAACAGUAAUAUGUUUUGUCUUAGAUGUUUGAAAAAAAUAUAUUAACUAUGCUUCAUUACACAAAAAAUUAAUAUUUUAUCUGAUGCAUAAUUAUUAUAUAAUGUAUUUACCAGCAGUAAUAAUAAUGUUGGCUUUGAUAACUGCAGAAAGAAUCAGCCUGAGUCUCAAAAAUAUAUGGUAGCUUAUGCAUUAUAGACUGUUUUGUUGUACUUUAAUAGGGUUUAAUUGUAAGCUUCCUGUUUUCAAAAGUUACACGUUAAAGAGCUAAUGAUGUUAUAAACUUUGUCUAUUAGCGUAACGUAAAAUGUGUAAAAAUAUGUUAAUAAAUUUAUUGUAAUUAUUAUUAUCUUGCAAAGUUCUUUGAAUAAAAUAUAUAUACCGGUGAUAA